AUGGGUUCUGCUUCUCAGGAAGAUGUCUACGCGUACCCCGAUUCCAAGGCUCCUUCGCUCGUUCUCACUCACCCAACCGAGGAUGAGAAACGCCGCACUUGGACCCUUAACCACAAGGAAUGGGGUGGCGCCUUGACCUUAGAAGAAUAUCUAAAGCGAGAGCCGUAUCUAACGACCAUUCCGUUAACCCGCGAUGGUGGUAUGACGCAUUGGAUUCUUACAGACUCAUCCUGGUCGGCAGAAAAAGGGGGGAGUCGUCCAAUUCUUGCUUCCUGCGAGUCCAUCAACAAACGCGUAUUGGUCGCCGCCCCUAGUGAUACCGCAAUACGCGAUGGCGUUGGACACGGCGUCGGGUCUGUCUUCACAUACCCGGAGCACAGAGGGAAUCGAUACGCGGGACGUAUGCUAAACGAGUUGGGAGUCGCUCUCCGGAAAUGGCAAUGCGAGAAGCAAGUUAGUCAAGACGCUGUGUGUUCGGCUCUCUGGUCAGAUAUCGGCAAGAAGUACUAUGCUCAAAAGGGGUGGGCCGCUUUCCCGAGUCUACAUGUCGAGUUCCCCGUCUCUGCCAACCAGAUGCAAGGGAGCGAAGAAAAAGGGAAGGGGAAAGGAAAGGUUACCCCUAUCACAUAUGAGAAUCUAGGGCAGCUGUGCGAGGUGGACGAGAAACUCUUGCGUGAACAAAUGCUACGCAAGGCAAAAGAGACCAACCGCACGUGCGUGGCCUUCGCACCUGAUCAUGAUACUAUGCGAUGGCAUCUGUAUAGGGACGACUUCAUCGCAUCCAUCCUGUUCAAAUCAUCCCCUGGUCCUACAAAUGUGUCGUCUUCGAUCAAGGGUGCGCUUGCCGGGACUCAAGAGGGACGUCGCGUAUGGGCAGUCUGGUCUCGCAACUACUAUGGCGGCAGUGGUAAACCUACCGACAACGUAGAGAAGAACACCCUAUAUAUCCUUCGGCUAGUCAUCGAGUCCGAAGCGUCCGAGGGAGAGAAUCCGAGCGAGGACGUAGUGGAGUCAUUUACUGCCGUGAUGAGAAUUGCCCUACGCGAGGCUGCUACAUGGAACCUAGGCAAAGUUGACCUGUGGAACCCCUCCCCGCUAGUGAAGGCGUUGAUUGAGCGCAGCGCGUUGCAGCACCGGCCAGUGGAAAGAGAUGCGGAAAGUAUACCCAGCAUGAUGUGGUACGGGGCCGAAGACAUCCACAAUAUCGAGUGGGUUGCGAAUGAGAAAUACUGUUGGUGUUAG